GGAGCUAAUUCAUUAAUUCGUUUUCGCGAAUAUUACAUGCUUAAGUUUACGAAAGACUGUAGCAGUUCCUACAUAAUCGCCUAGCUGUUAACAAGUUUAAUUCACAAUAAUGUUUGUUUGUAUAUUACCAAGUGUUAUUUCGGUCUUGUUAACGAUUUGGUUAGUUCGAUUGAUUUUCAAACAUGAAUCAGAUCCAAUCUUCGAAAUUUAUCGCAAGCCGGGAAAACUUUAUUGCUUCAAGUAUAUGCUGAUGUUGGCGUUAUUAUUCUUACGAAAGGCAAAGUCAAAGAAAAAUCAUGACCUGCAAAGUGAAAGUGAAAUACACAAAGCUAUUGAGAAACCUCAACCGCUAUCAAAAAGCAUUCAUGCUAUUGAUGCAGUUUACUUCAAUGGUUCCAACUCGAAAAUGUCUUGGUUAGUGUGUGGUACUGCUAGAAGACCAAAUAAACUCGUAAACGGAUUUCUCUACCUGAAAAUACAAGAAUUCAGUGACAAACUGUUGGUAUCUCCUAGACUACCAGAUACAUGCAUGAGACAAACAGAUUUCGAAGUAGGAUCAUAUUCGGUAGAAGGUUUGAAAAUAACUCCAUUAAAACCCAUGCAACAAUGGAGAGUGGAAUACGAUGGCGCAAUGCGAUUCGAGAACGAUUAUUCUCAUAACAUGGAGGUUAAACUGCAAGCAACGUGGACAACUGCUCUUCCAUACUUUAACUUUGCUUCGGAUAUGGAUCCAAGACCUACAGCUCGUGCUAUGGCAAAAGAAAAGUGGAGUCGUGAUCACUUUCGAAAUUUGAAAAAGUAUCAUCAAACUCAUUAUGAACAUUUCGGAACUCUUAACGGUAUAGUACUCAUUAAUGGAAUCGAGUUUCCUCUUAGUUUGGACUGCAUGAGGGAUCACAGUUUUGGCGAACAGCGGAACUGGAAAAACUUUCAUCGCUAUGUGAUGCACUUUGUUCACUUAGAGAAUGGAGACUGCAUUACUGUAGGAGUUAUAUGUAUGCCAGUUACAUUUUCAAGUUUGGAGGUCGGUUUUGUUUCAAUAUCUCACGAAAAGUGCAACUACGCCGUAACAAAUGUGGAAUUUGACUUGUACCAAUUUGGAGAGAAUGGAAAACCUCCUGUGGAUUACGCAUUCAAUUUUUACACAGGUAAUAAACGAUACUCUGUAAAAGUAAUCGCUGUAGCCUGUCCAGAAUUCUACAUCGGCGAGGAAAGUGAGUGCCGCAUAGUAGAACAGCAUUGCAGAUUCGAGGUGAACGGGCUCACAGGAUGGGGAGCAGCUGAAUGGCAAUAUAGACAUUUAGAUGGCCUUCCAGUGCCCAUGGAAAAUAAGUGAUGAACCAGAAACAAAUUCUUUCAUUAAAAAAUAAUUUGUUUGACACGAGACUCCUACACAAAAUUGGAAAAACGAGGAACCAACAAUUUAAUGAACUGCAAAGUAAUACUCCUGGAAAAAUACUACGUAAUACGUCGAUGGCGCUUUCAUGAGUCAUAAAAAAAUAUAAAAAAUAAACAAGUGCAUUUCAGGACCUUAAAAACUCCGCGGCUCAUGGUCAGGUCAUGUCCCAUUAGUUGGUCACCCCAUUUGCAAUUUCCAAAUCUUAUAUGCUAAUUUUUAAGCCACCCCAUUUCCAAUUUCUAAAUCUUAUUUCCUCAUAAAAAAUAUACCAUACACUGAAAAUACGCCACACUUUUUAUUCAAGUGUCCAAACACUUGAAAGAUUGAAUAAAGCCACAUUAUAGAUCUAA